AUGUACAGCUCAGAGACUUUACCGCUAAUGAUUGUGGGUGAUAUCAACAUCAAAUUGAACCGUAAACAUGACUCUGAAACAUUGAGAUAUCUGGAACUCUUAGAUCCCCAUCGCUUUUAUCAACACGUGAACAAACCAACACAUCGGUCAGGAAACACGCUUGACCAUAUCAUUACUCGCAAAGAUGACAGUGCCCUGUUGGGUUUUACUGUUGAGCCAUGCAAGGCCCUAUCUGACCAUUUUCGGGUCUUUUUUGACAUGAAACUCAGCAGGUGCAACAAAUUGGCACCAAAGAUGAUGAAUGUACGGAAACUGAGAUCAAUUGACAAGGCAGCCCUGGCUACUGACAUUGCAGAAAUGGCCGCCUGUCCAGGCAAAGCUGAAAAUGCCACUUUAGCUUACUCUGAGAUAAUGCUAACUCUCCUUGACAAACAUGCCCUGAUGAAAACCAUUAAGUUAAAGGGCCAGACCAAAAAACCUUGGUACAAUGAUACCAUCCACGCUUCUCGUCGAACUAGACGACGUCUUGAGAAGCAGUGGUUGAAAACUGGUUUGGAGGUGCAUCGGGAGAUGUAUGACGAGCAGGGUAAGAUGGUGGUAUCCAUGAUUGUCAAUGCCAAGCGAAUGUACUAUCAUGAUAAACUGACCACUUGCGACAAUAGAAACAUGUUCCGCACUGUGAAUGGGCUCCUAUGUACAGGCACUGACCGGCGGCUUCCAACAUGCGAUGAUGAGUUGCAGCUUGCAAAUGAUUUUGCAGUCUUCCUUGAGGGGAAGAUACUGGAGAUUCCCAAGGGGUUCGCGACCCCGCACAAAGACACAGCCGAGCCUCCAGAACAAAUGCUUCCCUCCUUCCAAUCAGUAACCGAGGAAGAGCUGCUGAAACUCAUCCGGAGCCGCCUAUCAAAAUCCUGUGCACUGGACCCCAUUCCAACUAUACUACCCCUUCUCAUGAAAUGUGUAAAUGAGUCGAUUGCAUCAGGAGUUGUACCGGACUGUUUGAAGACAAGUCUGGUUACCCCCCUUCUCAAGAAGCCUAGUCUCGACCGGGACGUACUAUUAUACUAUAUUACUAGUACUAUAGUACUAUAA